AUGGCAAACCCAGUGUUAGUCAGGGUGGAGACACAGCUCAACGGCCAACUCGUGGUCGAACGCGUUGGCAGCAAAAAGGUCCUGAGGCGGAAUGAUCUGCACAACACUUUGCCUGGAGAGCCUCUCCUCACGCUCGACGGAGACCAGCUCCUCCCUCGCCUCAGAGAGGUCUACUUGACGCCCGAGCUGGAUCGAAUGGCGCCGUAUUUCCGCUUUAUCGCAACACCCAAGAGCUCGCAUGUCUUUCCCAUCCAUUUCCAACCUGCACGGGGCCACGAAGUCACACCUAACGAGUAUCACAAUCUGCAUCUGGUAUGGUACCAAAGCCGUAUCUUCGUCAAGCCGAUCCCCGUCUAUCUGCUCUCUGCCGCCUUCUGGGAGUGGAUUGCCGAGGCUGACGCCGACGUCUUCACGGCAGCGGCGGGAUUCAUGCGCACUUACACGUUCCUGAUCCGCUCCGAAACCGACUACCGCCUGGCCAACGACGAGAAGCUCCCUCUUCUGCCUUUCGGAACCGAACAAACGACGGCCGGCUUCGAGCAGCUCGUGAACUUCCUCAACCAGUUUGCAUGUCUUACUGACGCCCAAGUCUCGCCGCGCUACUCGUACGGCGAGCUAAGACUCGGACGGCUGAACUGGCUGAUCCGUGUCCUCUGCAUCAGGGUUACUUUCUUCCACAUGCAUGGGGAAUGGGGCACCGUCUUCAUGGACAUGCUCGCCCCGCUGAUCGCCGCCUUUGCCAUCCUGUCCAUUAUCCUGGCUGCGAUGCAGGUCGGCCUGGCGGCGGGUUCGCUGACAGGCCCCGGCGUCUCUCAGGCGUAUGUUUCUGUGUCCUACUGGUUCUCUGCUGCGGUCCUGCUAAUCACCGGGGCCGUGAGCAUUGGGUUCCUGGCCCUCAUUGCGGGCGUCUACAUCUACCAGCAGGUCUUUGCAUGUCGCAUGUACAAGCUGGAUUCUGAUCGAAAAAAGGCGACGAUGAAGAGUGGCGUGAUAUAG